CCUUCACAACAACACACCGGGGAGGCAGGAAAAACCUCCAGCAUCAACAAGCAGGGAGUCAACAGGCGGAUCCGAAGUCACCCCAGGUCAGAUCCAGCUCUGAGAUGGCCCAGGCCAACAUCUCAGUGACGGAGAGCCAGUUCAGGUGUCCCAUCUGCCUGGACAUCCUGAAGGACCCGGUGUCCACCCCCUGCGGACACACCUACUGCAUGUCCUGCAUCAACAACUACUGGGACCAGGCGGACCCGGGCCAGUUCAGCUGCCCCCAGUGCAGGGAGACCUUCAGUCCUCGACCGGUCCUGCGCAGGAACACGGUGCUCUCCGAGGUCGUGGAUAAACUCAAGCUGAGCGACCUGGUCCUGGUUCCAGAGCUCUACCUGGGGGGAGUCGGGGACGUGCCCUGCGAUUUCUGCCCGCCUGAGAGUAAGCUGAAGGCGGUCAAGUCCUGCCUGGUGUGCCUGGCGAGCUUCUGCGAGCUCCACGUCCUGCCGCACCGGGAGGUCGGGACUCUGCGCCGGCACAAGAUGGUGGCCGCGGUGGAGAGUCUGGCGGAGCGGCUGUGCGCGCAGCACCGGCUGGGUCUGGAACCAGCGGGGGUCGGAUCCGAGGGAGAGGCCGCGGUGGAGUGGAGCGGGGACUGCCUGCUGUGCGAGGCGGACCAGGAGGAGGUGCACAAUGUGGACGCGCAGAGAGCCAGGAGACAGCUGCAGCUCCAGGAGACUCAGAGGAUAGUUCAGGGGAGGACGAGGACUGGAGAGAGGGAGCUGGAGGAGUUUCAGCAGAGCUUGGAGUCCCUCAAGGUGUCAGCAUCAGCUGUGUUGGAGGACAGUGAAGCUCUGUUUGCAGACAUGGCUCUCCGCCUGGAGAAAACCAAGGCAGAGGUCAGAGCGAGGCUGGAGGCCAAGGAGCGAGCGGUGGUCGGGAGGGCUGAGCGCGACAUGGAGAUGCUGGAGAAAGACCUGGAGGAGCUGAGGAGGAGAGACGAGGAGAUCUGUCAGCUCCUGCAAACAGAGGACAAUGCACACUUCUUACAGGCGGCUCCUCUGCUGUGUGUUCCUUUAACCACCUGUCGGCACUCCAGGGGCCUCAGCUUGCCCACCGAGGCCUUCAGCAGCGCGAGGAGAGCGCUGUGCCACCUCCGCAGCCGCAUGGAGGAGGUCUGCAGGGAGGAGGUGGACAAGAUCAGCCGCGCAGUUAAUGAGAACUACGUGUCCGGUGCAGAUUGUGUGAAAGGUGGCAGAAGUCUGGGUGCAGAGAACACGAAGCCCCAGAACAUGCAGCCGACACUCUCUGCAGGGGCAGUGCCGGCGUCGUUCCCUCUCUCCUCUUUGUCCCUGCAGCCGGCUGAUCAGAGGAUGAGGUCCGUUUUCCUCAAUUUCUCCAGUCGCCUAUCCUUGGACCCUGACACCGCCCACCCCACUCUGGUUCUCCUGGAGGGACCCCAGGGUGCCCACUGUGGCGAGGAGCCUCAGUCUUACCCCCCUCACCCUCAGCGCUUCGAUUCAGUAGCCCAGGUCCUGUGCAGGGAGGGCCAGUUCGGUGGCGCCAGCUACUGGGAGGUGGAGUGGCGAGGCGGGGGAUGGGUGGACAUCGGCGUCACCUACAGAGGCAUUGGACGCAAAGGUGGCGGGAAACCCUGCCUGCUGGGACGGAACGAGAACUCUUGGCGGCUGAGGUGUACGCACACCGGGUACGCCGCCUGGCACGACAACCGUAAAACCACGGUGGCGGCGCCGCCAUGCCCGAGGAUCGGCGUGUUCCUGGAGCGCCAGAAAGGGACGUUGUCCUUCUACAGCGUGUCGGACUCAGUCGUUCUCCUGCACACCUUCCGCUGCCCGUUCUCUCAGCCGCUGUACCCGGCCUUCCGCCUGGACCUGGACUCGACGCUCCUCAUCUGUCCUCGUGACGGCGGCAAUGGGAACGCAGGCUAACCCCGCCCCUGUCUUCACCCAGGACCCUUUAUCUCAUCAACAGGAAAGGGCUGUUUAUACUGAAGUGGUAGCUGACCCGGAUCAGACUGGGUCCAUCACUGAGCUGUUCUUCGUCAGCCAUCAUGACUCCCACUCUGUACAUGUCAGAGACACAUUUUCAUACCUUUCCUGAAGUGCUGACCAUUUCUCUGGUCCUCAACAGAAACCCUCAUUUUAUCUGUGAAAUCAUGUCAGUGUCAUGUCUCUGUUUCUGUUGUUUCUUACUGAUCCAUGGAACCAGGAGAAGAGCUUUACUCAGUGAGUGAGCUUUUGUUUGUAACAGCUCAGUUUGCAGCCCCUCCAGCAGCAAAGAGACACAGAUGAUUUAAACAUCAAACUGCUUUAUGUUUUUUUAUUACCAGUUUUUAUCAAAGGGGUUGGUUUGAUUGGAGAGGAACAGAUCUAUGAAGGGCUGAAGGGACACUGAAGGAGUUUGUACCAUGUAGCACGGUAGCAGCAGCUCAGCUCACAGUCUUUGCUUUCUGUGGAUGCUAAAGAGUAUCUUAUGGACCCCUUCUUCAUUUUGAAGCUGCCUUUUUUUCACAGUUUUUAUUCUCUUGGUUCAUUUGCAUUGGAAAGAAGUGGACCUCUGUGGAUACGUUGGCAUCCUGUAGGGUCCACAAACCGUGUUGUUGCUCCUGUACUGCUCUGUUUGAAUGGAGCAGCUUGAAAGCAGAGAUUUGAAAGGUGAAACAUGAGUUGUUUUGGAGUCUUUUAGAUGGAUGAUGGGAGGGAUCAACUUUUAGGAAGCUGACCAAAUGAGCAUGGUCAGAUAUUACAGGAGAGGUGAGGAAAAAAAAAAGCAUAUGAAGGUAGCAUGACAGUCAGAAAUGUUUUCCUAUUCCUUACACGUCUGUUUUGUACGGAAGAGGAUGAGGGCCACUGGAAAACAUUUUGAAGGUUAAACUUUUUUUUCUUUUCUGCCAUGUUUUUUUUAUUUCUCUCUCAGAGUUCUGACUUUAAAAUCUGACUUCUGACAUUUUUCUCUGAUUUCUAGAAUUAUGAGAUUAAAGUCUGAUCUCUAACUUUUUUCCUUGGAAUUCUCAGAGCAAAUCAGUACUCUGAUAUUUAAUCUCAAAGUUGUGUAAAGUCGGAUUCAGACGUUAAUGUCAGAAUUCUGAGAAAAGGUUCGGAACUCUGAUUUUUAAUCUCAGAAUUCUAGAAUUCAGUGAAAAAAAGAGUCAGAAAUUUCGUAAUUCUUAUUAAAGUCAGAGUUCUGACAUUUUUUAGAUUUAAAUCAGAGCUAUGAUUUUUUCCAACAAUUCUAGAAUUCUGAGAUAAGAGUCUAAACUCUGAGUUUUUUCCCAGAAUUCUCAGAGCUUAUCAGAACUUCAGAUUCAGAUUCAGACGUUAUUUUAAAAUUCUGAUUAAAAAGAGUCAGACAUUCCGACUUUAAUUUCUGAAUUCUAGAAUUCUGAGAUAAAAAUUAGAGCUCUGAUUUUUUCCCACAAGUCUAGAAUUCUUAAAAUAAAGUCAUACCUCUGACUUUUUUCCCCAGAAUUCACAGAAUAAAUCAGAACUCUGAUUGCAAUCUCAAACUUGUGUAAAGUCAGAUUCAGACGUAAAUGUCGGAACUCUGAGGAAAGUUUCGGAACUCUGAUUUUAAUCUCAGAAUUCUAGAAUUCGGUGAAAAAAAAAGAGUCGGAAAUUUCGUAAUUCUGAUUAAUGUCAGAGUUCUGACAUUUUUUAGAUUUAAAUCAGAGUGCUGAUUUUUUCCAACAAUUCUAGAAUUCUGAGAUUAAAAUCAGAGCUCUGACUUUUUUCCCCAGAAUUCUCAGAGUAAAUCAGAACUCUGAUUAUAAUCUCAAAGUUGUGUAAAGUCAGAUUCAGACGUUAUUUUAAAAUUCUGAUUAAAAAGAGUCAGACAUUCCGACUUUAAUUUCUGAAUUCUAGAAUUCUGAGAUAAAAAUUAGAGCUCUGACUUUUUCCAAGAAUUCUAGAAUUCUGAGGUAAAGUCAGAACUCUGACUUUUUCCACUUAAUUCUCAGAGAAAAUCAGAACUCUGAUAUAUAAUCUCAAAGUUGUGUAAAGUCAGAUUUGGACGUUAUUUGAAAAUUCUGAUUAAAAAGAGUCAGACAUUCCGACUUUAAUUCCUGAAUUCUAGAAUUCGGAGAAAAAAAAGAGUCACACAUUCUGAAUUUGAAGUCAGAAAAAAAAUAUUGGAUCUAA